CCGACUUCCGCUUCCGGUAGCGGUGGUGACAAUUAUGGCGGCUUUGAGGAGGCUCGCUGGCUUGCAGAGGUUGCUGGGGUUACGCAGACUCUCAGCCCGCCCAGCCUCCUCCGGGGGAGCGGGGAGCUCCUCGGCCAGCAUCCAGGUGCCUUCGAGCUCGAGUCCAGCGCGGGUGACCCCUGCCCACGAAGACGCAGAGGAGGAGGACGAGGACGUGAACAUCUUCAUCAAGAAUCCAGAUUUCCAUGGCUUUGACAAAGAUCCUGUGGCCGACUUGUGGAAUAUGCGGCUAGUCUUCUUUUGCGGCAUCUCGCUUGCUAUUGUGGUGGGCAGCACCUUUGUGCACUAUCUUCCUGACCAUGGGAUGCGUCAGUGGGCUUGUCGGGAAGCCGAACGCAGAGUGAAGGAGCUGGAGGCCCUGGGGCUGCCCCUCAUUGACUCCAAUUAUUAUGACCCCAGCAAGAUUGUGCUGCCCCCAGAGGAUGAGGAAUGAGCACUCCGGUGUCUGUCUGUCCGCUGAGAAUAAACCGAGAUCAUCCGUCA